AUGACUACACAACCGUCAACCCCUACCCCCGGUGUCGGGCCCCAGAAUGCACCCGAACCUACCCCCUAUACACAGGAGCGAAAUGAGACAGAAAAGAACCGUUCAAACGUCGGCCCGCAAGCAGAUCUGCCAUCCGUACAGGUGCUUCCGGCAGCAGAGCAGGAAUACCCAGAAGGAGGGCUGCGAGCAUGGUCCGUGGUCCUAGGCUGUUGGUUUGCCUCGUUCUCUGCCCUGGGCGUCUCCAACACAGUCGCAACCCUCCACGCCUACAUCGGCACUCACCAGUUGGCUGGCUAUAGCGAGGGUGCGAUUGGAUGGAUCUUCUCGGUGUACAUGUUCCUCAUUUUCUUCUGCGGACUCUACGUCGGACCCUUUUUCGACAAGUACGGCCCGAAAUGGCUGAUUCUAUCUGGCACUGUUGGUGUUGUCACGGCUCAGAUGUUGUUGAGCAUAUCGACUAAGUACUGGCAUUUCAUGUUAGUGUUCGGAGUACUCAACGGCUGCAGCGCAUCUCUCCUAUUCACGCCUUCCUUCGCCGCCAUCGGCCACUGGUUCUACCACCGCCGUGGUCUCGCAACAGGUAUCGCCUCUACAGGAGGCUGCUGUGGUGGAAUAGUAUACCCCAUUAUCCUCCGAUACCUCUUCGAACGCGCCGGUUGGGGCUGGGGCAUUCGGACAAUCGGCUUCAUCGUCCUCGUCUUUUGCGGCACCGCAACGUUGCUCAUCGACACUAGGCUCCCACCCGCCCCCAACGCCUCGCCGCACCCCGAUGUGCGCAUCUUCCGCGAGCCGGCCUUCGCGCUAACGACACUCGGCAUCUUCCUCCUCGAGUGGUCUCUCUUCAUUCCAAUGACCUACAUCUCAAGCUACGCGCUGAGUCAAGGUUUCGGUACCGACUUUGCAUACCAGAUCCCAACUAUCCUCAACGCUGGCAGCGUAGUCGGCCGCGUACUGGCUGGCUGGUGGGGCGACUAUGCCGGUCCGUUCAACUCCAACAUCGCGGCCGUCGUCCUGAGCAUAAUCGCUUGUUUGGCCAUCUGGUUGCCGGCAGGUUCCUCGAUGGCGGGAAUCGUCAUAUUUGUCGUCGUCUUCGGCUUCGCGAGCGGUAACAACAUCAGCAUCAGCCCUGUUUGCAUUGGGAAGCUCUGCAAGACGGAGAACUACGGACGGUACUACGCGACGUCCUACACUGCGGCGUCGUUUUCAUGUCUCUUUGGCGUUCCCAUUGCGGGAGAGAUUCUUGCUUCCAAGGGCGGGGACUAUAAAGCGUUAAUCAUUUUCACUGGUGUGAUUUAUGUGGGAUCGGUCGUGGCUUUGUGGGCGGCAAAGGUGCUGCGUGUGGGAUGGAAGCCUUUGGCUGUUUUCUAG